AGGGGCACGUGCGUCCCCCCCGGAUCCCCGCUCCCUUCGGCCCUGCACCAUGGCGGUGCCCCGCGCGCUGCGCCUGGCGGGGCCCCUGGGGAGAUGGUGGCCGGCAGCAGGCCCCGGACGGCGGGCCCAGCACGGUGCGGCGGCGGCUGGGUCUGGGGAGGUGCCUGGCUGGACCCAGCAGGAGAGCCUGGCGCAGAGUGACCCCGAGGUCUGGGACCUGUUGCGCCAAGAGAAAGACCGGCAAUGCCGUGGACUGGAGCUCAUCGCCUCCGAGAACUUCUGCAGCCGCGCGGCGCUGGAGGCGCUGGGCUCCUGCCUCAACAACAAGUACUCGGAGGGCUACCCCGGGCAGAGGUACUAUGGGGGGGCAGAAGUUGUGGACCGUGUGGAGCGGCUGUGCGCGCAGCGGGCGCUGGACGCCUUUGACCUGGACCCAGCAUGCUGGGGUGUCAACGUGCAGCCGUACUCGGGCUCCCCAGCCAACCUGGCCGCCUACACUGCCGUGCUGCGCCCCCAUGACCGCCUCAUGGGGCUUGACCUGCCCGACGGUGGCCACCUGACCCAUGGCUACAUGACGGACACUAAGCGCAUCUCGGCCACCUCCAUCUUCUUCGAGUCCAUGCCCUAUAAGCUCAAUCCGGCCACAGGGCUCAUCGACUAUGAGCAGCUGGAGGCCACGGCCCGGCUCUUCCGCCCACGGCUCAUUAUCGCUGGCACCAGUGCCUACGCCCGCCUUAUUGACUAUGCCCGUAUCAAAAAGGUGUGCGAGGAGGUGAAGGCCUAUCUGCUGGCUGACAUGGCCCACAUUAGCGGGCUCGUGGCUGCCCGUGUGGUCCCGUCGCCCUUCGAGCAUGCAGACCUGGUCACCAGCACCACCCACAAGACCCUGCGAGGGGCCAGGUCUGGGCUUAUCUUCUACCGCAAGGGCGUGCGGUCGGUGGACCCCAAGUCCGGUCGGGAGACGCUGUACGAUCUCGAGGAGCGUGUCAACUUCUCUGUCUUCCCCUCGCUGCAGGGGGGACCCCACAACCACGCCAUCGCCGCUGUGGCCGUGGCCCUGCAGCAGGUACCUUCGCCUGCCUCCCGGGAGUAUAGCCAGCAGGUGUUGAAGAACGCCAAGGCCAUGGCCGAGGCCCUUCUGAAGAGAGGGUACACCCUUGUCUCAGGCGGCACUGACAACCACCUCGUGCUCGUGGACCUGCGGCCCAAGGGCAUUGACGGGGCUCGGGCCGAGCGGGUGCUGGAGCUGGUGUCCAUCACGGCCAACAAGAACACGUGUCCUGGCGACCGCAGUGCCCUCACGCCCGGCGGGCUGCGCCUUGGGGCCCCUGCGCUGACCUCCCGACGCUUCUGCGAGGGCGACUUUGAGCAGGUCGUUGCCUUCCUGGACGAGGGCAUCGGCAUUGCCCUGGAUGCCAAGAAGCAGACCAGUGAGUGGGGAAGCCAGGGGACCCGGGCCCGCCUGGCCGAGCUGCGGCAGCGCGUGGAGACGUUUGCCCGUGCCUUCCCCAUGCCCGGCUUCACCGACCACUGAUCUCCACCCCCUUGGGACUCCCACCCAAGCAGGGGCUGUAGCACAUGAGGAGAGACCCCCCACCCUACCGCUGCUCCUCCUUUCCAGGGGGACCUGGCCCUGGGCGAUGCCCCCCUCCCACCUCUGGCCGUGCGGGCAGGAGGGUGGUGACGUGUAACAAAGUUGUUCCAUUCUCA